AUGGGCGCCAGCAGCCGUAUUUUUAUUCGCCACAAAGAGGUGUUUGUUCUCGGCCAAUACUGUUCAUAUGACGGCGAUAUUGAGGGGCAAGGGCUUUACCUCUUGAACUUCUUACGUUCUGACCGUAAUAUCCGGCAAUUAAAGAAGGGACUUGAGCAUACAGAAUAUAUAACGGACGAUGAUGCACUCAAUUGGAAGUGGAAGCUUGAUCAAAAACUUUGCAAAGAUGAGGAUCUACGAAAUGCUUGGCUUUCAUUUCAAUCGGAAGUCGGUGAUAGCUUGCCACGAGAGAUCCAGGAGUUUCAUCCAUCCGUUCAUCCCUGCACUGGUGCAUCUAUUCUCAAGCUCAUCUCAGGUGCCACGAACAAACAAAAGGUUCUGUUAGUCAAAGAGCUAUAUUCUAUUGGCUGCUUCUAUGACGAAUGGACUUAUGUCGUGGACCUUGAUAAAGAGCGCUUGGAGGUUUAUCGCAACCUCGAAGAGAAGAAGCCUGGCCACAUGUUCUUUAACUACUAUCCAGACCAAGACAAGGUCCCGGGAUUCGUCUGUGCCUACACUUUCGCAGUUUUAGAGUGCUUGAGCGAAAGGGAAUUUAUUGAA